ACGUAGGGUAACGUCACACCGAAGAGCGUGCAAAUCACGACAUGUUUGGACGUCCAUUUUAGACAAAGAAUUUACAUUUUUUUGGCGACGUUUUAAGAGAUUUUACAACUAGAAGCUCUGGAACAGAAGUAUACGUGAUAGAUAUUGAGGCAAAGGCAGAAAUGGAAACUGUAACCUUUAAAAGUGUUAUGUCUCCAAAAAGAGAACCAAAGAUGUUACCGAAAUUAUCAGAUGAGAAGAUACUUGAUGUGUCCUGUGGGAAUCUGAGAGGUAGGCUCCACAGAGAACUAUUUACCUGCCCAGGGAUACACAGAGAAUGUAUAGAGCUAGAGGAUCAGACAUUCGUCACCCCCAAAAAGUUCAUGUACAUGGGAGAAAAAGCCAGAUUGAAGGACUGGAAGAAUGCAGUCAGGAUCAAUGGCAUCCAAGUCAGGAAACAUAUAGAUGCAGGACAGUUGACGUUUUGGAAUCAUGAGAAGAUGUGUACUGGGAGAUGUCAGGCCAGGACGGCCACACGACCCGAUUCUGUAGUGUACAACAUCCCUCAACCCACCAGUUACCAAAGCCCAGUAACCCUGCUCACGACAACAGCUGAAAACGGAACCAUGAAAAUACAGAGUGUGACCAGUGGUGAGAGGGUGCCCUGGGAUGAGGAAAUCACUGAGGAGCCGGAGGACAUCAAACCGGACCUGGCACAACUCCAGCUCCAGAUGUUAGAGAACAUGAGCCAGGCUCAGAAGAAGAUCCAGUCCUCACUCAAGACUCCAGUCACGUAUCCAGACAUCCAGGGGGAGACCACUGACGAGGAUGGUGAACAAAUAGAGGAUAGGACACUUUGGAAAGGUAUUGUGGAGCUGGGAUUAGUUGAUGAAUUUUUUCGGGAAAUUAAGGCAUCUUUGGAUGUCCUUAAAAACAGAAUGGUCCGAAGGAUGGUUCCCCUAGAAGAUACCAGAGUGAUUUCAGUGAUUGUUAAACAGCUGGGAUUGAUGUCAAAAAUGAAGUACAAACUAGAAGCUCACCAGAUUGACAUGGAAAAACAAAGAAUUCGACUAGAUAGGGAAAUGGAAGAUUUGCAGAAGAAGGUCAAAGAGUAUGAGCAAAAGAAAGAAGUACUGAAGCGUAAAAGUGAGUGUUUCACACAGCUGCUGGAUAUGACAAACAAGGAAGCCUUGCCCGAGGCCAAGAGAAGUCGGGGAGAGGAUGAUGCCUCACCCGUGCAACUCGUUUUUGCCAAUGCUUGCUCAGAUUCCAACUCUAAUUUCGAGGAAGGAUACAAUGAAGAAGAAGGUAUACCCAUGGCAGAGUGUGACAACUCCACAGAAGUGUGUGUGGUGGAAAGUAUCAAUGGAGACAAUGCCACACAAGUGAGAGUCAUAAAAAACAUCACAAACAACGGAAUGUGUAUCGAGUUUGAGAACGAAAGUCAUGAUGUGAAUGAAGACGAGAUAGACACUGGUGAAAGUGACAAACAUUCAAAGGUUUCCACCAAAGCUGACAUGAAACAAGCAACAAAGCGUGAGUCUAGAGCAGUGAAAGGUGCGGACCAUGUGAGGAAAACUGCCCGACCAAGGAGGAGUACUCAGAACAAAGAGUAUGUGUCUUCAGAAACCAUUUCAGAUUGAGGUUGUGAAAUCCAUCGCUAACAGAUACAUGGUUUAUUCUGAUACUGUUUAAAACACUUCUACAGGCAAACUUUGCUGAAUUAUUCCAUUUAUGCAAUAUUAUAUACAUGUAUAUACAUUGUGUGUACAGUGUUCUUUUUACAGAAUAUUCAUAUAUCAAAUAUAAACUCAUACAUUAAUUCAUUGUUAGAUCUCAUGAUACUGUGAGAUUUUAGUUGAAUCUUUGUUCUGUAUUCCAUAUUAUGUGAAUUGUAAAUCAUGCUCAAAUUUUUAUGAUGACAAAGUAUUGACUAGCAAAAUUUAAGAACAGGAACAUUGGUUUAUAGCUCAUUAAGUAUAUGUUGUGAAUUUUUUACUUGAUAAAAAUAAUAUACAUGUUUUUGCCCUUUUUUAUUGGCAGAAAUGUUGUUAUGAGUUACUGCAGUACUUUGAUUGGUAAAGUUUUGUGUGAAUUUUCUUGUGGGCUUUUUAAUUUAAAACUUCUUAUACAUUGUACAUUUACUGUUUACAAGUUUCUUCUAUAUUCUGUUGAGAUAUGUGACUUAUGUUGAUAACUGAAUAGAAAUCCAAAUUAAAUGUUGAAGAAAUAAAACAUUGUUUAUGUGAACUGUUACCUCAAAUAAUGAAGAUUAUUCUGUACAACAUUAUCUGAUUGGUUCUAGAUUGUCACAUGACAGGGCCAUACAACUUCAUAUUGCCUUGUCGUUAUUUCAUCUUAUUCAACCUCUUUGGAAACCUUAUGCAUUUUCCAGCAAUAAAUCCUUUGUUCAACGAAACUCCCC